AUGGGUUUCUUACUAUCCAAUUAUCAACUCACAAUAUGUAUCCUCCUGUAUUCCCUAAUUUUCUGCUUCUCUUCUUCUUCUGCACAUCUUUGCCAUAAUCACGAGAGCACUGCUUUGCUCCAAUUUAAGCAACUCUUUUCCUUCAAUUGCGCUGUUUCUUUCAAUUGCUAUGAUUAUUCUGCUCCAAUCACUGAUAAUUGGAAAGAGGGUACAGAUUGUUGUGCAUGGGAUGGGGUCACAUGUGAUAACACCACUUCUCAUGUCACUGGCCUCGACCUCAAUUGUAACUGCCUAUAUGGUACCAUCCAUCCAAACAGCAGCCUCUUCAAUCUUGUUCACCUUCAACACCUCGACCUUUCUCUAAACAACUUCAAUCACUCUCAAAUUUUACCUUCAUUUGGCCGUUUCACAAAUUUGACCCAUCUUUACCUCGGUUACUCCCAUCUUUCUGGCCCAAUACAAGGUAACGGAGAACUCACAGGUAAACUUGCAAGUUUUAUUAAUGGAACUCUCCGGCACCUUAGGCACCUUAGGUCGUUGGAUCUCUCUCAAAUAGAUUUCACUGGAGAGCUACCUAAUUCCAUCGGCCAACUUGAGUACUUGGAGGUGCUAGGCCUCGCUGCCUGCAAUUUCUCUGGUACGAUUCCGAGAUCGCUUACAAACCUCACGCGAUUAAUUGCGCUUGGUCUUGGGAAUAACUGGAUCAAUGGUGAAUUCCCAUCUUCAAUCGGCCAUCUUAAAAACUUGGAGUACCUACACCUCUUUCACUGCAAUUUCUCUGGUACGAUUCCGAGAUCGCUUACAAACCUCACGCGAUUAAUUUGGCUUGAUCUUUCAUACAACAAUUUUGAAGGCCCAAUUCCUCAACUUUUUCCCAACUUCUCGCAACUUAAAUAUAUAGAUUUCUCAAACAAUCAACUAACAGGUCCCAUUCCUUCUUCCUUGUUUCAUCUUGUGAACCUUACCUAUCUUGAUCUUUCGUCAAAUAAUAUAAGCGACACUGUUGAGCUGGACACAUUUGCAAAGCUUGAAUAUUUGGAUUCUUUGGAUCUUUCAAAGAGUGGUCUAUCAUUGACCACCACCAACUCCACUCCCUCCUCUUUCCGAAACAUUACGACAUUACGAUUGUCGUCUUGCAACAUAAGUAAAAUCCCUGAAUUUUUGAAAACCCGAAACGAAUUGUUGAAUAUGCUAGACCUUUCGAACAACCACCUAAAUGAAGAACUCAAUCCACUCUGCAAUCUUCAUUCUCUUAGAUAUCUCGAUCUGUCCAAUAACCAAUUUGCCGGAUUAAUUCCUACCUGUUUGGGGAACUUCAAUGGAAAUUUAACCUCAUUAAAUUUGCAAAGAAACAAUUUCCAUGGUACCAUCCCUCAAACAUUUGGAAACGCAAGCUUGUUACAGGAACUUGACAUUAGCCACAAUGGAUUGCAAGGGAUGCUUCCAAGAUCAUUGGCGAAUUGCACAAACCUAGAAAUUUUGAAUCUAGGUCAUAAUUUCAUAGAAGACGCUUUUCCAUUUUGGUUGGAGAACCUGCCCCGAUUGAAGGUCAUUGUCUUGCGAGAUAAUAAAUUCCAUGGUCCCAUAGGACAACCAAGGAAGAGAUUGGCCUUCACCAAUUUGCAUAUCAUUGACAUGUCUCACAAUGAAUUUACAGGUACUCUGCCAUCAAAAUACUUUGAGAGCAUGCAUUCAAUGAUGAUGGAUGAUGAAGACAAAUCCUCCUUAAAUUAUAUGCACAAUGAUUAUGGUUAUUAUUCGGGUACAGAUUGUUGUGCAUGGGAUGGGGUCACAUGUGAUAACACCACUUCUCAUGUCAUUGGCCUCGACCUCACUUGUAACUGCCUAUAUGGUACCAUCCAUCCAAACAGCAGCCUCUUCAAUCUUGUUCACCUUCAACACCUCGACCUUUCUGAAAACAACUUCAAUCACUCUCAAAUUUUACCUUCAUUUGGCCGUUUCACAAAUUUGACCCAUCUUAACCUCUCUUUGUCCUAUCUUUCUGGCCCAAUACAACCAUCGGAAGAAGAAGUCUGGCAAGGGAAUAACUUCUCCAAUAGCAUUUUCCACUUACAGAAAUUGCAGGAGCUGCGGUUAGGCGGUAACAGAGAACUCACAGGUAAACUUCCAAGUUUUAUUAAUGGAACUCUCCGGCACCUUAGGCACCUUAGGUCGUUGGAUCUCUCUGAAAUAGAUUUCACUGGAGAGCUACCUAAUUCCAUCGGCCAACUUGAGUACUUGGAGGAGCUAUACCUCUAUGACUGCCAUUUCUCUGGUACGAUUCCGAGAUCGCUUACAAACCUCACGCAAUUAAUUUCGCUUGAUCUUUCAUACAACAAUUUUGAAGGCCCAAUUCCUCAACUUUUUUCCAACUUCUCGCAACUUCAAUCUAUAGACUUCUCAAACAAUCAACUAACAGGUCCCAUUCCAUCAUCAAUAACUGGCCUUCCAAAUCUACAGUAUCUAUAUUUAGGCAGUAACUCAAUCAAUGGGACAAUACCUCCUUCCUUAUUUCAUCUUGUGAACCUUACCUAUCUUGAUCUUUCAUCAAAUAAUUUAAGCGACACUGUUGAGCUGGACACGUUUGCAAAGAUUGAAUAUUUGAAUUAUUUGGAUCUUUCAAACAGUGGUCUAUCAUUGACCUCCACCAACUCCACUCCCUCCUCUUUCCGAAACAUUAGGACAUUACGAUUGUCGUCUUGCAACAUAUGUAAAAUUCCUGAAUUUCUGAAAACCCGAACGGAAUUGUUGGAGGUGCUAGACCUUUCGAACAACCACCUAAAUGAAGAACCCAAUCCACUCUGCAAUCUUCAUUCUCUUCGAUAUCUCAAUCUGUCCAAUAACCAAUUUGCCGGAUUAAUUCCUACCUGUUUGGGGAACUUCAAUGGAAAUUUAACCUCGUUAAAUUUGCAAAGAAACAAUUUCCAUGGUACCAUCCCUCAAACAUUUGGAAACGCAAGCAUGUUACAGGAACUUGACAUUAGCCACAAUGGAUUGCAAGGGAUACUUCCAAGAUCAUUGGCGAAUUGCACAAACCUAGAAAUUUUGAAUCUGGGUCAUAAUUUCAUAGAAGACGCUUUUCCAUUUUGGUUGGAGAACCUGCCCCGAUUGAAGGUCAUUGUCUUGCGAGAUAAUAAAUUCCAUGGUCCCAUAGGACAACCAAGGAAGAGAUUGGCCUUCACCAAUUUGCAUAUCAUUGACAUGUCUCACAAUGAAUUUACAGGUACUCUGCCAUCAAAAUACUUUGAGAGCAUGCAUUCAAUGAUGAUGGAUGAUGAAGACAAAUCCUCCUUAAAUUAUAUGGGUAAUGAUUAUGGUUAUUAUUCGGUAACUAUAAUGAAUAAAGGACUGGAAAUGGAAUUCGUAAGGAUCAUCACCAUCUUAAAAGCUAUUGAUUUCUCGCACAACAAGUUUGAUGGAAAUAUUCCAAUAUCCAUUGGAAGACUUAAAGCCCUUUGUGUCCUAAAUUUUUCAAGUAAUGGCCUCAUAGGUCUCCUUCCAAUGUCCUUGGAGGAUCUAACUAACCUUGAGUCCUUGGAUCUAUCCCAAAACAAACUCUCUGGAGAGAUUCCUCAGCAGCUGACUAAGUUGACAUUCCUUGCAUUUCUUAAUUUCUCACAAAACAAUCUAACAGGACUUAUACCACGAGGUGGGCAAUUUGAAACAUUUCUAAGCACUUCAUAUGAGGGAAAUCAAGGCUUGUGCGGGUUUCCUUUGUCAAAUAAUUGUGGGAAUGUCCAAAUAGCAGAAUCACCAACUUUACCAUCCUCGUUUAGCCACAAUUUUAAGUUCAAAUUUGAUGGCUUUGGUUGGGAAGCUGUGUUGAUGGGAUAUGGGUGUGGAGUAUUGCUUGGUUUGUUGAUUGGAAGUUACAUUAUUCGAAGGAAAGAAGAAUGGCUCGUAAGGAUUUUUGGUGUAAAAAUGCGUCAAAAUGGGAAGAGAUCAAAGAAGGUUCGGAAGAAGAUAGCUCAUACAAAGUCAAUUAUAAAUUGUUCGUAG